GCGUUACAUACAGACGCGCAACCCAAGCCGGGGAAGGAUGGAGGGCGAGCGGGGCGAGUCGCAGUCGCCGCGGCCGUUCUCCUCCCCUCCCCUUGGCGGCGAGGCCAAGGCAGCCCGUGCCGAGCCGCCAGCGCCCCGGCCGCUGCUGCUGCUGCCUCCCUCCUCCUCCUCCACCUCGGAGCUGCUGGAGUUCGACGACGACGAAGACCUGGAAGUGUUCAGCAAGGAUGCGUCACUCAUGGAGGCAAACUCGUUCAGUCCUUUAAUGCCAACAUCUCCAUCUUCGAUGAUAAAUCAGUACAAAUUUGAGGAUGAACCAGAAGGAAAGGAUCUUUUCAUAACGGUUGACGAGCCGGAAAGCUAUAUUACUGCCAUUGAGACAUUCAUCACUUACAGAAUUGUCACCAAGACAACUCGUGGUGAAUUUGACUCCAGUGAGUAUGACGUUAGAAGACGCUAUCAGGACUUUCUGUGGUUGAAAGGAAGACUUGAAGAAGCGCAUCCAACACUUAUUAUUCCUCCGUUGCCUGAAAAAUUCAUAAUGAAAGGAGUUGUGGAACGAUUUAAUGAAGAAUUCAUUGAAACAAGAAGGAAAGCUUUGCAUAAGUUUUUAAACCGGAUUGCUGAUCAUCCUACUUUAACUUUUAAUGAGGACUUCAAAAUUUUUCUUACUGCACAAACAGAG